AUGGUGAAGGUGGCCGCCGUGAAUGUAAGCGUUGAUAGAGAAGAACAGGUUGCAGAGCAGUUGGACCGUAUUGAGUCUAGCCUUUCGAGCCUCAAUGAAUCCCCCGAACUCCUUUGUGCCAAAGAUCUUCUUCUCAGACCGAUCCAAAUCCUCGAUGAGCACCAGCCAGUUUGCAUCAUUGAUCUUGUGGCCCAGCGAGUGGCAUCUUCUGCAUCGUUUUCAUCAUCAUCAUCAUUGAAUAAUUCCAAUUUCAAUUCUAAUUCAGAUUUAUUUGGAAUGUUUCACUUUGUGGCUCAUGUGGAAAUUGUGUCUGUUUUAACUGGUAUUGCCCCUCAGAUGGGGCUUAUUUUCAAGCGGGAUCUUAAGAAAUUCAAUGCAAUUGACGAGUUGAAGAAGCAGGCCUUUCAUGUUGCUUCUUCUUCCUCUUCUUCUUCUUCAGCCAAUCAAGAGGACGAGGGGUUGUUGGUGGGUGAUUGCAGUAUUUGCUUGCAGGAUUUAUCUGCUACCGGCAUUGACUUGAUCCGUCUGCCUAAUUGCAGUCAUGCUUUUCACCUAAAAUGCAUCCUUUCAUGGUUGAAGAAAUCUGAUUUCUGUCCUCUUUGUAGAGAUUUAUGUUUGCAAAAAUCAUGA